CGUUGGCAUUUCACCUUCGUUGCUGUGAAAAACACCGUGCAGGCAGCUUUCCACCGUAACACUUUUUCGUGAAAAUCAACCAAAGAAAAGUGUGCUCCAAAUCGGUACGAUGGCGCUCCGAUUGUUUCGCUUGAGCCAAGAUGUGGUUACGCCGCUGAUCAAGCGUAACUGUACCGUUUCGGCGUUUGAACUCCAGCACAAGAAUCCCGUCCAACGAAAGGUGGAACAAAUCCCGAAAGCACAGUAUGGUGGCCGCCACACGGUGACGAUGCUACCGGGCGGAGGUAUCGGUCCGGAGUUGAUGAGCUACGUAAGGGAGGUGUUUCGGUUUGCCGGUGUGCCAGUGGACUUUGAAAUCGUCGACAUCGACCCGGCCAGUGAAGGAAACGAUGACCUCGAGUAUGCGAUCACGUCGAUUAAGCGGAACGGUGUUGCCAUCAAGGGUAAUAUUGAAACCAAAUCGGAAGCGACCGGUAUUCUGUCCCGUAAUGUUGCCCUCCGUAACGAGCUGGAUUUGUUCGUCAACGUGCUGCACUGCAAAUCGUUCAAUGCGAUACCAGCCCACCAUCAGAAUGUGGAUGUUGUGAUCGUGCGACAGAAUACCGAGGGCGAGUAUGCCAUGCUGGAGCACGAAAGUGUACGCGGUGUGGUGGAAAGCAUGAAGGUGGUUACGGUCGAAAAUGCGGCCCGCGUGGCGCGGUUUGCGUUCGAGUUCGCCAAGAACAACAACCGUAAGAAGGUGACCACCAUCCACAAGGCCAACAUCAUGAAGCUGGCCGAUGGGUUGUUCUUGAAGGUGGCCCGUGACAUUGCCAAGGAGUAUCCGGAUAUUCAGCACAACGAUAUGAUCAUUGAUAAUUGCUGCAUGCAGCUCGUUUCGAAUCCGCAUCAGUUCGACGUGAUGAACACGACUAAUCUGUAUGGUAGUAUUACAUCGAAUGUGCUUUGCGGUUUAGUCGGUGGUGCUGGUCUGUUUUCCGGCCGUAACUAUGGUGAUCAUUAUGCCGUUUUCGAACCGGGCACCCGUAACACCGGUACGGCCAUCGCUGGUAAGAACGUUGCCAACCCGGUUGCGAUGUUAAAUGCGGCGGUGGAUAUGUUGUACCAUCUGGGGCAUCGCUAUCAUGCGGAUUGCAUCUCCGACGCUCUUCACAAAACGAUCGACAUCGAUGGAAUUCACACACCUGACCUUGGCGGUAGUAACACCAGCACCGACAUCGUUCAGAACGUGCUGAAGCAUCUGGCCGAGAAGAGAACAUACUGGCAACAUGGAUUAUUGUACAAUAUUUAAACGCUUAUACUACCCCGGGGGAAAAAAUGGUUCCCGGCGUAUGCGUACAUGUGAGAAGUUAGGCUAGAACCGAAAACGAAGACAAAAAACAAACAAACUUAACCUAAACCAAAGGUCCUAACUCUGCAAACCUCUAGUACACUUCCACUUCCACCUUUAUCCACCAAUAUCCAAUUAUUUUCUUUUCGGUUCAUAACAUCUAAUCGCCAUUCUGGGGGUUUGGGGUGUUUGUGUGUACAGCAAUGCUCUAUUGGUGGAUGGGAUUUGUUUCCUUUCUGUGGCAAUGGAUGAUAGAGACAAAAUCGGCAAAAAAAACAUCGAAGGAGAAAUCAUUUGAAUGGAAGCAUAAAUCGGCAUUAUAAGGAAAGUGUUACAUUGGACGUUGGUGAGGAAAUUGAGAAGCUAUUUUCAACUGUUGGCAAAUUUUGAGGGUUUACGAGUGACAAACAAAGAGAAUUAUAAAAACGAAAAAAAUUACAAAAAAUCCAAAUUUACAAACAAACUGAUAUCUGUUUCCAAAUCUUGUCCACCACUGUUGUGCUGUCGUGAUUAUUCCAUCAUAAAGUUGUGUGACUUUUCAAUUACGUUAGUUCAUCCCGUAUUAUGUUGUUUGGUAUAUUGUUUUGUUGUUAAACUAUAACAUUUUUUUAUGUUCUUUUCUUUCUGUUUGUGAGUUUUGUUCACUUAUUCCUAUGUUUUCCUGUUGCCAAUGACGUAAAAUCGCAAAAAAAACAAGAAAUUUUGUUGCAAUAUUGAAUCCUUUACUUUAAGUUAAUUCUUACCUUGAAAUGAU